CAAAGAAUCGGCGCUCAAACAAUUAUUAAAGAUGGGAGGCCACUCGAGGAAAGCUCAAUAUCCCAAACAAGUAUGGCAUCCUUUUGGAGGUUGGUUUCCUCAUCCACGAAACUGGAAGAGGAACACAAAUAUAGCCACCCUCAUCAUGGCGCUCACCGUGAUACCCAUUAUUUAUUAUGCGGAAAAACAUACUACCUAUUAUCAGUACCCCUACCAUAAAAUUCCUUGGAGGCCCAACUUGAAAACUUUUGAUGAAGAUUUGGAGGAAAGAAGAAGGGCGAAGAUGGAAAGCAAGGAUCUUGGGAGUUCUGACGAUCAAUUGGAUACAUAGAACGAGCACAACUUAAUCUGUUAGUUGGAUAUUGAGUUACUUGAGACUUUGUCAGUUCAGUUGAUCCAUGUAAAAUUUGUUCUUCGUCAAUUUCACUUUGGAAACUUUGAAAAUAGCUUUAGAGAUAAGUUAAAGUCAAUUCCAAUAUUGUUUGGAUA